AAGAAAAAUGGGUGAGUUUGAAUGAAACGGAUGAAUGAGGAAGACGGUGCUGGUUUAGGCGUGCUUAACCUAAGUAGACACAAAAGUCACCCCCAAAUCUCAGUCUUCUCUUUAACUUUCACACUUUCCAACUUCAAUGGAGCUUUGCACACCUCCACCUAUCCCCAAUUCUCCUCCGCCGCUACACCCCAACCGCUUUUCCCCCACCGCCCUUCAAUUUCAACCUCUCCUCCGUUCCAAUACACAUUCUCCCUUACUCUACAAUCACCCAGUCUUCACCUUUGGAUUGAAGCACCAACGAGGUUCAUCUCUGAGGUCAACGACAUCGGAGGAGAUAUAUGUGAAAGACGAUUCUAAGACAGUCGAUGAAAAUACUGAUGAUUAUGAGUCUCGGCUUGAUCAAGAGCUACAAGAAGGUUCAUUGUUUGAUAAUCCGCUGAAGCUGUUUAAGUUCUUGGAGGGUCUCAAUAUAAAGUUGGAUUACGAGGAAACAUAUUCAUUUCUCGCCUUUGGUAGUGGUGGCGCUGUCGCACUUUGGUUAGUAGCUGCUGUCGUUAGUGCCAUUGAUUCAAUCCCGGUGCUACCAAAAGCCUUGGAACUUGUCGGCCUUGGCUACACUCUCUGGUUCACCUCCCGAUAUCUAGUUUUAAAGAAAAACAGGGAUGAAUUGUUCGCCAGAGUCGAAGAGCUUAAGCAGCAGGUCCUUGGCUCGGACAACUAAUACUGAAGGUGGAUAAAAGGCUCUAAACAUUUCUCUGCAGUUUAGUUUGUAGUGUUUGGUGAAAUAAGUGACAUUAGUUCUUCUACAUGUAUAUAUGGAUUCACAAUUUCCUCAAUAAAAAGGCAGGUUUCAUCUUUA